GUGUGAGUGUGUGUGUGUGUGUAUGUGUGUGUGUGUGUGUGUGUGUGUGUGUGUGUGUGAGUAUACAAGUUUAAGAGCAUGUGCUCUCAUGUUGGUUUGCUGCAGCUGUUGAGCCGGUUCAGCCAGUGGUUGUGGUCGUUCUGAUUCUGCUUUUGAAAGCUGGGUUAGAGUAGUGUGAGUGCCUGUGUGUGUGAGAGUAGACUUGUGUCUUAGUGUGUGUGUGUGUGUGUGUGUGUGGUUUUGGAGACGCGCUUGGAAAGCGCAGACUAGGGAAGAUGCCUGCCAUUCUGGUCGCCUCGAAGAUGAAGUCGGAACUGCCCAAGCCAGUGCACAAUGCCCUUCCCAUUCCUCAGCACCCGUCCAAGACGGGCACGCUACCCGCCGCCGGCAAGCUGAAGGCUACUCUGGGCAGCCAGAGUGCCCACAGGACCCUCCAGCGGAACCAGAGCCUUGGCACGGCCACCACAGGCACCCCAGCGAAGAAGACCCCCGCAUCCAAAGGCAGCUCCACGGACCCUCAGAUUUACACAGACUGGGCGAACCACUACUUGGCUAAAUCGGGCCACCAGCGCCUCAUAAAGGACCUACAGCAGGAUGUGGCAGACGGAGUACUGCUGGCUGAGAUCAUCCAGGUCGUGGCAAAUGAGAAGAUUCAAGACAUCAAUGGAUAUCCGCAGAGUCGCUCUCAAAUGAUUGGAAACAUUGAGGCUUGUCUGGGUUUUCUGGAUGACAAAGGGGUGAACAUUAAGGGGCUGUGUGCAGAAGAGAUCCGUAAUGGGAAUCUGAAGGCCAUCCUCGGUCUGUUCUUUAGCUUGUCGCGCUAUAAGCAGCAGCAGAACCAGACUCCAAAGCCCACCGCUCAGACCCAGCGGCCUCACAGCCCUGCCCAGCCGCCUCUCGCCAAUGCUGGGCAGACUCCGCAGGGGAGCCCCUGCCCCGUCCACAGCCACCAGGGCUCCGCCAGCCCUGCUCUGAAAGCUCACACAGACAUGACAUCCAGUCGUUCAUCCAAGGAUUCCACUCAGACUAAGAGGCCCAAGCUCUCUGUUGCUCAGAGAAAGACCUCUAGGCUGCCUGGGCUAUCAGCGCGCGCUGGAGAGGGGAAGCUGCGUGGAGCCAGUGGAGUGGGCAGCCGACGCAGCCAGAGCUUCAAUCACUGUGACAAGGCCAGGCCCCCCCUCAGCACCCACACCCCCACCAGCAGCCAUGACAGAGAGAGAGUUGCUGCGCCGUCUCCAUCGAUGGCCGACUGCGGGCCGGUCCGCACCUCCAGUCCUCAGCCCAGCGGUGGCGGCGGCAGUGGCAAACCGUGGCGGAGCAAGUCCCUGAACGCCAAGCACAGCUCCACGUCCCCCAUGCUCUCGGUCAAGCAGCCGGGCAGCGGCGCCCUGGACGCGCCUCCCAAAGUCAUCGCCCAGAAGUCCAUGCUGGAGAAGCUCAAGCUCUUCAACAACAAAGGCGGCUCCAAGGCCUACCCCACUGGUGGUGGUGGUGGUGGCAGCGCUGGUUGGCUCCAGCAGGGGGCGCCAGAGCUGGAUGCAGUCGAGACGGACACCCGGCCGGGGACCCCGGGGAGCGUGUGCAGCAGCCAGCCGGACGAGGUGGACGGCGAGCACCAGAGGCCCUCCAGCCGGAGCGCUGACACCAGCCCCAAGCUGGCGCUGAGGGGCAUUGCCCAGCGCACGCUCAGCCGAGCCCUCACGCCCAAGAAGAGCGCCCUGAAGAAGGACACAGAGAAGGAGAAGGAGAGGACCAGGGCCAGGGAGGGCUCUUUGGCCCCUGACCAGCACCUCAGGGAGCUGAAGUGUCCGGAUUCGGCCACUUCAACCCUCGAGCUGAAGAAGAGCUCUUCCCUCCCCAAAGGCAGCAAGGCGAGCAGCAGUGCCAAGAAGGAGAGCUUGUCUCUAGCCCGCAGUGGCAUCCCCAAGCCAGGGGCUAAGGGCGCCAACACGGGACGUGGCUCAGUGGCGCCCUCCUGUGGCAAAGACGGGGAAAAAGGCCACGGUGCUAAGCCCAGCGCAGGGCUGUCAGUGCACAAGGGGCAGCCAGACAGCAGGACCUCCUCCUCUUCCAGUCUGGCGUCCUCGGAGGGCAGGGCUUCACAGACCAUCACCGUCAGCAGCUGUGGCCCCCUGGUGGCCAACACUGGUGCUACACAUGCGUCUACAGUCGGCGUGGAGCUACCUCAUCCCCAGCAGCACCACUGCCACCCCAACACUGCCACAGUGGCCCCCUUCAUGUACAGAUCCCAGACUGAUAUCGACAAGUCAGACUCAUUGGCCGAGACGGAGGGGUUUCCAGAGCCCCUGGUCCUCUGCAAGUCACUCCACACGUCUCUGGAAUACCUCGCAGGUGAGGACCCUGAAGCCAGGCGCCUGCGGACAGUGAAGAACAUUGCUGAUCUGCGGCAGAACCUGGAGGAGACCAUGUUCAGCCUCAGAGGAACUCAGAUCAGUCACAGCACCCUGGAGACGACCUUUGACAGCAGCGUGACCACAGAGGUCAGCGGGCGAGGUGGCGUGCUGGGCAGCCGGCCUGCCUCCGCGCUGCCAUGGCGACAGGGCUCGUCCAGUCCUCGGCUGCAAGCGGGCGACGCCCCCUCCAUCGGCCCGCGUACCGGCGGCAACGCCACGCGAUUUAGCGGCAGCGGCGGAAACAGUGGACGCUAUCAGCUCCACCACAGACAGACCAGCACCACCGUCGCCGGCGGCAACCCGCACCUGCCGGACAUGGCCGAGGAGGAGCUGGACGCCUUCGCCGUGGAGACAGCCGGCUACAUGAGUGACGGUGACAUCCUGAGCAAACCUGUGAGCCGGAUCGACACCAUCAGCACCAGCGGCUACAUGACGGACGGCGGGCUAGGCAUGUACACGCGGCGGUUGAACCGGCUGCCGGAGGGAGGCAUGGCUGUGGUCCGGGAGAACGUGCACCGUAGCGGAGCGAGCCAGGCUGACACGGACAGUUGGGAUGAUAGCAGCUCGGUGAGCAGUGGCAUCAGCGAUACGCUGGACACAGAUGAGCUCAACACCAGCUCCUCUGUCAGCUCCUACGUCAACACACCCUCCGCCCCGCGCAAGGCCAUAGGCCAGCAGGCGGCUCUGGCAAGUGGUGCCGCCACCCCUCCGACAUCUCGGACGAGUCGGACAAGAGCUCGUCGAGUCGCAAGGUGGCGGCUGCAACGGCGGCAGCCACAACAAUGACAGCGAUGCCCACGAGCAUCUCUCACACGGGCUCCUGGAGGCGGGGCAUGACAGCGCAAGUGGGCGUGACGGCGCCACGGACGAAAGGACCCACGUCAACAAGCGGUGGCACGCGGAGUCACAGCACAGGUAAGACGGAUGAUGCCAAGGUGUCAGAGAAGGGCUGCCUCCCUCCACGCUCCAACGGCCACCAGUCCUCAGACGCCGGCCGGGACGACACCAGGAAGCCUCCCCUCUCCGCCUCCUCCUCCUCCUCUUCCUCCCGAGCCUCCCAGACGUCCUGCUCCCCCGGCAACCCCACCACCACCUUCGGCUUCAAGAAGCAGACGGCCAUCUUCAGCGGAUCGGCCACCCUGGGGAAGAUGCCCAAGUCCAUGGGGCCGCUCCAGAGUGGCCGCACCGCGGGCCUGUGCCGGCAGAGCAGCGUGGACGACGCCUACCUGCCCAUCGGCAGCCACAGCGGCUCCCUCGGGGUCACCCGGGGGUCACUGCAGUACCGCAGCCUCCCCCGGCCCAGCCGCUCGUCCGCGCGCUCCGUCGCCACCGGCUCGGACGCCAGCCUCAGGACGGCCACGCUGCCCAAAGGCCGCAGUGUCAGCGGCAAGGCCGCAGGCACAACUCUCCCUCUGACCGCUAACGGCGUAGCUGGAAGCAGCAACCAGACGGACCGGGAGAAGGGUUCGGAGGUGGACGGCGUGAAGACUGGGCUACAGGCAGGAAGUGGACGGCAGGCUGGAGGGAAGUACAGUGAGAUGUCCUCCCCCACUCUGCGCAGGUUGUUCGGAGGCAAGCCCAGCAAGCAGGCAUCUCUCUCCAGCGCCGAGAGUGCCAAAAACGCCACGGUCAUCUCCAACCCCCUCGCCACCUCUGGCCAGCAAAACGGCCCCGGAGGAUGCUCCGCUGCCACCACCGCCACUGCCGCUGUCGACUCAACCUGGAGCUCCACGCUGGCCUACCCUGUGGCGCAGGGCAAUGGCAGUGGCAGCGAGGGGACGGAGGGGGCCCUGCACAGGGAGGAGGUGCUGGCUGCCUGCCUGCACACCUCUGGAGGGAUGGUCAAAGCCGGCCUGGCCGCCAGGUAUGCUCACCUGCCCCAGCUGCGCAGCCAGGAGGAGUCGCGGGAUUGGCUGCGUUCGCACUCAGCGGGCGGUCUGCAGGAAUCGGCGGCCGGUGCCCACCCCUUCUCCCCCGGCCUCAUGUCCCCAUCCGGCACGACUCGCUUCAACUUCGCCCAGCUGGCAGGCAGUCAGCCCACUGCUGCUCAUGUCAACAUGUCCACCCUGCGCACCACCAACGGUCUAGCCAAUCAGGACGGGCCCUGUGUUGACCCUUACAGCGACCCACGCCUGCGCAACUCGUCGAUGUCACUGGAGGAGAAGGGUCGCACCAUGAGCAACUCCGGAUCCUUCAGGGACGGCCUGGAAGAAGUUCAUGGCUCCUCACUGUCGCUGGUGUCCAGCACGUCCUCAGUUUACUCCACGCCUGAAGAGAAAUCACAUUCAGAGAUUCGCAAGCUUAGGAGGGAGUUGGAUUCCUCCCAGGAGAAGGUGUCUGCCCUUACCACUCAGCUGACGGCUAACGCUCACCUAGUGGCUGCGUUUGAGCAGAGCUUGGGGAAUAUGACCAUCCGGCUACAGAGUCUGACCAUGACGGCAGAACAGAAGGACUCGGAGCUUAAUGAGCUGAGGAAGACCAUUGAGCUGCUGAAGAAGCAGAACACAGCAGCCCAGGAGGCCAUCAGCUGUGUCAUCAACACGCCUGACCUCAACUGCAAAGGUCCUUCAAACUCAGCCAGUGGAUCUCCGCAGUUGCAGCCUCCACCGCACGUGCCGUCACAGUCUCAGCCACAGCUCCAGCUGCAGCCCCAGACGCAGGCCCAGAUGCAGACGCAGACGCAAACGCAGGCGGACCUGCGCAUCCACAGACAGCACUCAUCUGACAGUGUGUCCAGCAUCGCCAGCGCCACAAGCCACUCCAGCGUGGGCAGCACCCUGGAGCUGGACGCCAAGAACAAGAAGAAGAGGAAGAACUGGCUACGGAGCUCUUUCAAACAGGCCUUCACCAAGAAGAAGUCACCCAAAUCCGCAUCGUCCCACUCCGACAUCGAGGAAAUGACCGACUCCUCGCAGCCUUCUUCCCCCAAACUGCCCCACAACGGACCCACCUCUUCCGCCCCCAUGCUCCGGACCUCUCAUUCCAACUCUCUCCCUGUCCUCACCCCCCUGCCUGCUCGAACACGAGGCUGGGGCAGUAACAGUGCUCUCAUGAGGACAGGCUCUCUGGCUCGGAUCUCCGAGUGCGUGGACACUGACGCCGAGACGGUCAUGCAGCUGCGCAGUGAGCUGCGGGACAAAGAGAUGAAACUGACCGAUAUCCGCCUGGAGGCCCUGAGCUCCGCUCACCAGCUUGACCAGCUGAGAGAGUCCAUGAACAACAUGCAGGGUGAGAUAGAGAAGCUGAAGUCGGAGAAUGACCGUUUGAAGAUGGAGUCUCAGGGCAGCUUCAGCAGAGCCACGUCCCAGUCGUCCUCCCUCAGUCCCUCUCUGCCAGCGCUCUCCUCCCAGCAGAGCCUCAGCCUCAGCGAAUCCACCAGCCUCGACAUGUUACUGGAGGACUGUGGAGAUGGAGGCUCUCGGAAAGAGGGCCGGCGUGUGAAGAUCGUAGUGAGUUUGGAGGACGAGGCCAAAUGGAAAGAGGAUGGUAGCCCUCGUCAGUUCCUGAUCGGCUCUAUCGGUGUCAGUGGGAAAACUAAAUGGGAUGUGCUAGAUGGCGUGGUCAGACGUCUCUUUAAGGAGUGCAUCAUCCAUGUUGACCCGGUGAGCCAGCUGGGUCUGAACUCUGACAGUGUUGUGGGCUACAGUAUUGGGGAGGUGCACCGCACCAGCGGGGCAGAAACGGCCGAGCUGCUGCCUUGUGGGUACCUGGUGGGGGAUAGUGACACCAUCGCUGUCAAGCUUAAAGGUGUGCGUGAGAGCAGCACGGACAGCCUGGUGUUUGAGACGCUCAUCCCCAAGGCCAUGCUGCAGCGCUACGUGUCACAACUGCAGGAGCACCGCCGCAUCAUCCUCUCCGGCCCCAGCGGCACCGGCAAGAGCUUCCUGGCCAGCCGGCUGGCCAAGCAUAUGGUGCUGCGCGAGGGACGGCCACUCACCGAUGGUGCCAUCGCCACCUUCAACGUGGACCACAAGUCCAGCAAGGAGCUUCGUCAGUACCUGUCCCACCUGGUGGACCAGUGCAGCAGCGGCAGCAUGAGUGUCCAGGCUGAGGACAGGCCCCUGGUGCUCAUCCUGGACAACCUGCACCACCUCAGCUCCCUGGGGGAGAUCUUCAACGGCCUGCUCAGCGCAAAGCACCACUACUGCCCUUACAUCAUCGGUACCAUGAAUCAGGCCAACGCUUCCACCCCCAACCUGCAGCUUCAUCAUAAUUUCAGGUGGGUUCUGUGUGCCAACCACACCGAGCCGCUGAAGGGCUUCCUGGGACGCUUCCUCCGUCGGAAGCUUCUGGAGACGGAGAUCAGCAGCCGCACGCGGAGCGCGGAGUUGGUGCGUGUGGUGGAGUGGCUGCCCUGCAUGUGGCACCACCUCAACCGCUUCCUGGAGGCACACAGCUCCUCCGACGUCACCAUCGGGCCGCGGCUCUUCCUCUCCUGCCCCAUGGAUGUGGAGGGGGCGCGGGUGUGGUUCACAGACCUGUGGAACUACUCCAUCAUCCCCUACAUGCUGGAAGCAGUCAGAGAAGGACUACAGCUGUAUGGGCGCAGGGCCGCCUGGGAGGACCCUGCCAAGUGGGUGAUGGAGAGCUUCCCGUGGGUGGCGAGCCCUCAGCAGCACGAGUGGCCGCCGCUCCUGCAGCUGCGGCCCGAGGACGUGGGAUUUGACGGCUACUCGCUGGCCCGUGAGGGCGGCCACAGCAAGCAGGACACUCAGGGAGAGGCCGAGAGCGACCCUCUAAUGAACAUGCUGAUGAGACUGAAGGAGGCGGCUCAUUCCACAGGCCCUCAGAGCUGCGACAGCGACUCCAACAGCAACAGUCACCAAGACAAAGUGAUCGACUCGUCACUGGAGUCUACACUGUGAUGUCCAGACAGCCUGUUCUCAGCAGUGAAAAACUGCACUCAGCAACUGAAAAAAUACUAAAUAUCAAGCAAUAAGAGACUUGCUUCUUUCUCUUCCUGAAAGGACUACAGGUAAAGCAGAGAUUUUGGGAGGGACGGUGAAGCACAAAACAGUAAAAGCAAAUUAAAGUGACACAACUCUGAGGAAUUUCAGUGUUUGCUCUGGGAAGUUCACAUCAUGUCACAUUUUUUUUUUUUUUUGGUGAACAACACUUAAUGUGAACUGUGAACGCAACGUUUCAACAGAAAACCAGAGUCAUUAAAACUCCAACCUGUAAGUGUUAAUGCAGGUUAUAGUAACAUUUACAUCACAAAAUUAUGUGGGCCCCACUGUGACAACUUUUCAUUUUUAUCUGUCCCGUUUCAAUCAAUACACUUUUGUUUCAUCUUUUUUCAUUAUCGCAUGUCUACAGUCUUUGGACAUGCCUAUUUCACCUGCAGAGUAUGCAGUGAAACACUCUGGCAAACCCCACACACAGAGUAACUGCUACCUUCAGCUCACCCUGUGUUGCUCAGUCAUCGGACCAGUUAAGAUGCAGUGACAUCACAGUCUUUAGAUUCAUACUUCUACAGCCUUUUGUACUUUGUAUGCACAUUGUACGCACAUUUUCACAAAACUGAAAUUGAACUGCAUCGGUCUGUUGGCCCCUGCUCCCUGAGCCGGGUGCACUGAACCACCCUGUUGUUGUCUGCAUCUACUCGCGAUGCCUUAGUGCUUGUCUAGCAGAAACGAGAGCACCUGUUCACGUCCAUGUGAACGUAGUUACAGGGCUGUACACGCUAGUGCCUCAGCAGUGCUCUGGUGUAGGUAAAGGAUAAAAAUAGAGAAAUACCUUGAGCCCCUCUGAUGCUGAAGUGGUGGUCUUCCCUGGUCAACUCCAGCUGGGUGAUCGGGACCUUGAUCAUGUUGUUUGCAGUCUGACUGAGGUGUUGAAUCACACUGAUGUAAUAAAAGUUUUUUUUUUGUAUGGAAACAAGCACACCUAUUGGAGCUGAACCCAGGGCAAGGCACAGAGAGAGCCUUGUGGCGUUGUAGGUGGUCAGAUUUCUGAACAGCUUUGUCUAACGCGAGUGCGUUUAUCCCAAGUGCUGACUGAAGAGCUGAAAGCACCACUGGUUUUGUGAGCUGGAGAAGUUCCUGAGACUUUAGAAGCACUUUUGGGGGAUCUGCACAUGUUGUCCCCAGCUCUCCUUUGAAUUGAACUGCUGGCGUGCCUAGUAGUUCACUUGGAAGACUUAGCGCAGUCCCCAUUUGCAUUAAGUAUAAAUGGAGUCCUCAGUGUUGCUUUAGUGAGAAUGACUGCACUUUAUUCCCUCAGCAGAUGAAGUGUCUUAAGAUCCAAUUUCACUCAUAUUACGCCCCUUUGAAUUCAUUCACAGAGUCUCCGUGGGUUGUUUUAUUGUUGUUAUUUUGAGUGCUAUAUAUCUAUCUGAUAAAGAAAUCUAUGCAACACCCAUUCUCCUUUUUUUUUUAUUUUAUUUGGACUGAAACCAAACAGGUACCCCGCAGUUUUAGGAACUGCUAGUGUUUGUUGUGCCGAAAGUUCAUUGACAUUUUUGUUUAUUUUGUUUAUGUUUUUCUUUAUUUGUGUUGUUGUGUUGGACUACCAUAUCUUUGUGUUUAAGAAUGUUAAGGUUCAUUUAAUAAAAAAUACGAGGGAGGAGUUGUUGACCACAUUGUUAAGAUGUUUGAAAAGUUGUGUUUGGGAAUUGAAUCAUUAAUUGUGUAGUGCAAUUUGUUUUUGUAAAUUUUUCUUGUAUUUGUAACAUACGUUUGUAAAUAUCUGAUUUCAGAUCUACAUUUUGAGAACUUUUUUCUAACAACUUUUAAGAGAGGUAGGCCAUGUUUUAUGUACAGUGCUCAACAGUAAGGUUGUAGAUUUUCAGUCACAGUCUGUAAAUUCCAUGGCAAUAAAUAUUAUCAUUGUUGGAAUUCUU